AAAGAUACACCAGAUGGUCGGAGAGCGAUGCGACCUCCACAAACCAACAAUUUCGAGCGUCGAGUGGAUGGAGCUCCAUUUUACUAGUUGUCAACGGGUGCUGUAACGGGUAUGCAUCCACAAGUGGACGUCCUAACUAGCUAGCUAUCUGAAGCAAAACAUCGUCGUCAAUCAAUGAAUGUCCGAAUCUCACUCCUGGCCCUUGUGGCCAGCACACUUAUCCUGGCUGCUUCUGGGGAAAAUAGCAAGCUCCUCAGAUCUGCGAUUCAUGAAGAAGCUGAAGCCGAUGUCGACGAGGGCAGUGGAACCAUUGGUAUGGUUCGCAGGCCUGUCGUCCGAAAGCUACAAGACGACGAAUCUGAUGCGGAACUUUUAGAGGAAGACAUUGAAUUUCUUUUGGAUAACACCACGACGAAGAACGUUUGGAACAACAACAGCAUUGCGGACUUCAUUGCUGGAGAGUCCACCAGUUUGGAGAAAUCAGACGAAAAGCUGGAGUAUAGUGGUGAAGCGCCAUUGCCCGAGGAGACUGGGAGCUCUUCUGAUGAAGGCAGCAGCUCUUCCUCUUCUGACGAAAGUAGCAGCUCUUCUGAGGAAAGCAGCAGCUCCUCCUCUUCUGAAGAAGGCAGCAGCUCUUCUGAGUCUGGGGAAAGUAGCGAAAGCGGCAGUUCCUCCGAGGAAGGAAGCUCGUCCGAGUCUGGAUCCGAGUCUGAGUCUGGUUCUACAAGCUUGGAGGAAGUGGAGACGUUGGAAGAGUAGGAAGGGACCACAAAAAGUGCAACCGUACGCCGUUAGAACUUGAAAAGGCGGAAGAAAAUACUGAAAGAACGUACUACUAGUAGCUAGUAGCUGAUGAUUGAAUCUCCAUCUUUCAGUAGGUAUGUUUGGCUUGUCAAACAAUUGUCUUAGUAGAGCUCUUUGAAGUCUACCGUAUCAUAGAUCAUUUGAUUGGUUACA